UUAUUUGAUAUUUAGUUGUCGUAUUGUCAAAUGUUAAGCAAUAGCCAAAAUUCCUAAUCAAAAUUACGCAGUUUAUACAAUUCUAUAAAGAUGUCAAUAGUUUUGGAUGUAGUGCAAAGAAUAGUUUUGAGUAGCGCCUACGAAUUGACAUGCGCCGCCGCCGUACAAGUCUUGAACAAAUGCAAGAUCAUGGACGCGAUAACAGCUAAGGAUUAUAAAGUUCGAGAAACAAUGGAUAAUAUUAAGAGCGAAGCGAAAAAUAAAAUAGACAUUGAAGUGCCCGACCCGCCCGGAGGCCUGGAUCCCAGCAGCAAGAAAUUUGAAACACGCUGCGUGCUCUCCCAACUUGAUGAGGCGUACAGGAAUAGUGGGCCCAUUUGUCCGCCACAGACGUCCUGUAUGCGAUUGGCGCGGAACAGCUACUUCUCUUAGAUGAAAGGCGAGUGCUGGCAAAGAUAAAAUAACUUUAAUAUGUAUAGAGAGACAGAGAAAGAGGGAGAGUAAGGGAUGAUCCACAACUUGGGUAACAAAUUGAAUAACUAACUUUAUGGUUUUAUGCACUUUAGUGGCAGCUAACCAAUUAAGUUUGUAUUUGGAUAAAUUUUGUAUCAUUUAGAAUUAUAUGGUAUCUCUGCAGACG